AUGCCUACCAUCCCACCCACAAUAGAGAUGACAAUCACACAAACAUCCACAAUAAAUAAGGCUACAAGCUUGCUCAAGCGCAGCGGUCUGAGCAACCCGGACAAAUACUCCCUCUACAUUUUCCUCAUCAUCGCCGGAUGCAUUGUAGGAGGACUCAUCGGGUUCAGUAUAUACACUAUGUACCACGGCCUUGACGAAACAGGUUAUGUGAAGGACGUGCCAUACGAGCAACGAAAAUACAUGCGCGAGACCAGGCAGCGGUAUUUGAACAUGUUGGCUCUUGAGGCGAGGAGACCUGAUAUGAUUGUUCCUAUCAGGGAAGUGGAUGCUUGA